AUGAAGUACUUCUUAGGAGUCACGCUGGUGACAGCUGCUGCUACAGUCACAGCGACCACCACAUCUGCUCCGGCAUCUGGGCCAACCGGAUCCAGCUAUGAAUCUGGCUUUGACAUGACCAAGAGAUGGGCCAAUCUGAGCCCCUAUAAAGACGCAGAUAGCUUCGGUAUUCCCAAGGGCGUGCCUCAAGGAUGUGAAUUGUCUCAGGUGCAUGUUCUGCAUCGCCAUGCGCAGCGGUUCCCCACCGAUUACCCGCUGGACGGCGAGGGAAUGACCGACUUCGCGGCCAAGUUGACCAAUUACACCAAGUCAAACUCAAACAAAACCGUGGCUGUAGGUCCUUUGAAGUUCCUGAACAACUGGGAAUACGUCAUUGGAGAGGACACUCUCAUGGAGAACGGUGCUGCCACUGAAGCUACGUCCGGUGCCAACUUUUGGAUCAAGUACGGAAGACUCCUGUACCGUGCUGGACGUGAGAAUGUCGCAGCUUGGAGCUCGUCUCUCAAUGUUUACUCCAACGGUACCGACCGCCCAAAGCCUGUAUUCCGUACCACCUCUCAGGGCCGUAUCUUGGAAAGUGCUCGCUGGUGGCUAACCGGCUUCUUUGGUAAUAGUGGAGCCAACAGUUCUUACGAUCAAUAUGACCUUGUCGUCAUUCCCGAGAAGGCCAAUUUCAAUAACACCCUCGCUUCUUAUGAAGCAUGCACGGGUGACAUGACUGAAGGUGACAAUGCUGCUGAGAUUUUCAUCUCUCGGUACACCAAGAAUGCUCGCUCCCGUCUCUCCGCGUACUUCCCUCCCGACUUCAACCUGACUGCCAUGGACGUACUCGCCAUGCAGAACCUCUGCGUGUAUGAGUACACCAGUCUUGGCGGCUCUGCCUUCUGCUCCCUCUUCACCGAGCAAGAGUGGAAGGACUUCGAGUACAACGUCGACGUGCAAUACUACGGGGACUAUGCCUACGGCUCUCCCACCGGUCGCGCCCAGGGCAUUGGCUACGUUCUCGAACUUGCAGCUCGUCUUGAGAAGAAGCUCAUCACCUCAAGCGACACCAGCAUCAACUACACCUACACCGACAACACGGCCCAGUUUCCAUUUGGUCAGCCCUUCUACAUGGACAUGUCCCACGAUGACAUCAUCCUGUCUGUGAUCAACGCUCUCGGUCUCAAAUACUUCAAAUACGGCCCUAAGGGCUUACCCGUUCAUAUUGACCAUGCGCCCGAGCGGACUUUCUCUCUCAGCCAGAUGACUCCCUUCGGUGCCCGCUUUAUGUCUGAGAUCUGGAGUUGCCCUAGUGAUGUUUCUUUCGAUUCUUUGGACCCCAUUCUCUACAGUAACCCUACUAUUCAGUCGAACACCACAGACUACAUUCGCUUCGUGCUCAACAAUGCCCCUCUUCCGCUGGAUGGGCUUGCUGGUUGCGAGAACUCGAAAAAUGGAUUUUGUCCCGUCGAAAAGUUCCUGCGUGACGUGCCUGCUCUGAAGAAGAAGGCUCAGUACCAGAAAGCAUGCUUCGGCAAAUACCCUACCGGAAGCCAGGUUGGAGAUGGUGCUCCCGAGUCUUAG